CUGGGCGAAGGAAGUUUGCUCCGUGGUACUGAACGAAACUUUUCCCCGGAGCUACAGUGGGAGAUCAGAACAAUCUUGGAGAAUUGUGUUGCUGGGAGAGUGAUCCAGUCGUGCAGGGAACCAUUGUUUUCCUCAGUACGCCUGUGAGAUUGGUAGAGGACCGCAAAGGAUUUUUUUCUCCCGUGUUCUAACCCCCUACUCUAUCCGAGAUGGGGAAGGAGCAGGAACUCCUAGAGGCGGCGCGCACUGGAAAUCUUGCCGCUGUGGAAAAGCUUCUUUCUGGGAAACGACAAUCGACUGGAAGUGGCAGUGGAUCAUCGGGGACUGGUGGAAGCAGCAAUAUCAGUGGUCACAAUGCUUCUCACCCCUUGUCCAGCCUUCUCAGUAUCUGGAGGGGUCCUAAUGUAAACUGUGUGGACAGCACUGGAUACACUCCUCUACACCAUGCUGCCCUAAAUGGACACAGUGAGGUAGUGGAGGCGCUGCUACGUAACGAGGCCUUGACCAACAUCGCUGACAAUAAGGGCUGCUACCCCCUGCACCUGGCCGCAUGGAAGGGGGACCAAAGGAUCGUCAGGCUACUCAUUCACCAAGGCCCCUCACACCCCAAACUCAACGAGCAGAGCUCCUCUGUAGAGCACAAAGAGUUGAAACGCUGUGGGCCCUUUGACCUGCAUAUUAAUGCCAAGAACAACGACAACGAGACCCCUCUCCACUGUGCCGCCCAGUACGGCCACACCCAGGUGGUGCGUCUGCUGCUGGAGGAGCUGACGGACCCCACCAUGAGGAACAACAAGUUUGAGACUCCACUGGACCUGGCGGCGCUCUACGGCCGUCUGGAGGUGGUCAAGCUGCUUCUCACCGCCCACCCCAACCUGCUCUGCUGCAACACCAAGAAACACACACCGCUGCACCUGGCGUCACGCAACGGACACCUGGCCGUGGUGGAGGUGCUGCUGGCGGCCGGCAUGGACAUCAACUACGAGACGGAGAAGGGCAGCGCCCUCCAUGAAGCAGCUCUCUUCGGGAAGACUGACGUGGUGCAGAAACUUCUGCGUGCAGGGGUUAAUGUGAACAUGGUGGACAGCAAGGGUCUGACAGCGCUGGACACUGUCAGAGAAAUGCCCUCUCAGAAGAGCCGACAGAUAGCAGCUCUAAUCCUGGGCCAUAUGUCAGGAAAUCCCCCUGUUUUACACUUGCCUCCUCCCCCUGUCCCUCCACCUAAUGAGAGCCCUAGCCUUCGGAAAAAAGGUGAGCUGGGGGUGGUGAGUGAGCUGAUCUCGGGGCUGGCCCCGGGGCCUGAGGAGGAGAGCCCGUAUGAGGCUCUGUUCGAGGCCACUUCCUGUCACUCUCUGGACAGUCUGACCAGUGGCAAGUCCUCCGACAGGGACUCUGGACGACCUGAUAGUGAAGCCGGAAAGAAAGACCGGCUUGCUCACCAAUCCCAGCAUGCCCCUGGCCAGGAAGAGGAGCUUAACUCAGAGGCCCUGUACACUAACAGCAGCAUCGAUGAGAGAGGGAAGGAGGAGGCGGAUCACGCGUAUGAGUUGCUGCUCUCCGCCCAGACAGAAGUCCCCCAGUCCGCACAGGACCCCCCAUCACAGAAAUGUACAGAUGAGAACGCUACCUCCCAACAGUCUUCCAACAGUCUUCUACCUCAGCAGCGGAAGCCCACUGCCCCUAGUGACCUCCGAUCUUCAGGCCAGACGGGCGACACCCUGAAGCUCCCCGGACCUCCUGUGGUUGGGCCAGGACGGACUGGCCUCGGCCUCACUGGUGAUAACUCCUUGCUCGGCCAGGACCUGGUCGCAGUACCUGAAGUGUUCACAGGCCUCCUGCACGGAUCCUCGCCCGUCUUUGACUGUCGGGAGGAGUCCAUCAGCAGCCUGCCAGGUGGAGUACUGACACAGUCCAGCCAAGGCCAACAGCCGGCGCCAGCUCCAACAGCACCCGCCAAAGCAACAGAAGCUCCGCCUCCUUCAAACAAUCCAAUUGACAUGUCUGCCGUCCUGACAGACUGUGACCCCAAAGCUAUCUAUGCCACCGUGUCCAAGGGGGAGCCCAGGGACAGGGACAUGGGGUCUGGGGCUGUGCCUGCUGGCAGGAUGCGCCCCCCUGGGGAUUUGAAGCUGGCUCGCAGCUUUUCCAAGUCGGACUCAGACCUGCUGGUGUCGCCGCCUAGCGAGGAGGAGGGAGGGCUGGGCAGCCGCAGUGAGUCCGUCUCGAACUGCAGCGCAGCCAAAAAGAGGCUGGAGAAGUCGCCCUCGUUCGCCUCUGAAUGGGACGAGAUGCCUCCCACACGGCCUCUUCUGAGAUCUCAGUCCUUUGAAAGUAUUGAGAAGAUCAUGACGUUGAUUGGAGCAGGCAUUGAUUUCUCUAGAGACCAGCAGUACUCUACACCAGGUGGGGCAGCUGGUCGGCUGCUGGACCAGCCCGUGGGAGACUGGCUGGAGCACGUGGGGCUGCCGCAGUACGAGAGCAAGCUGCUGCUCAACGGCUUCGACGACCUGCACUACAUGGGUAGUAAUGUGAUGGAGGAGCAGGACCUGAGGGAGAUAGGCAUCACAGACCCAGGACAUCGGAGGAAGAUCCUGCAUGCUGCUCGAUCCCUUCCUAAGGUGAAGGCCCUGGGCUGUGAUGGCAGCAACUCUCUGUCCUCCUGGCUGGACCUCCUGGGCCUGCAGGAGUACCAACACAGCUUCCUGUCCAGCGGAUACCGUAGCCUCGACUGUGUCAAGAACCUGUGGGAACUGGAGAUUGUCAACGUGCUGAAGAUCUCCCUGCUGGGACACAGGAAACGGAUCAUCGCCUCGCUGGCAGAGCAGCCUUAUGAGGAACCUCCUGUCAAGCCCCCCCGCCUGUCCCAGAUCAGGUGUCAGGACCUGGUAUCCCAGACCUCCUCUCCCAUCAGUCACAUGGACUCCUAUACGGGCCGCUCCAUGGACCCCAUCCUGCCCCUGGGGGAGCCUGGGGGGAGGAAGGGGCCCAACCCCGAAUACGAUGUGGCCCCCCACCGUUCCCACAGUGAACGACACCGAUCACAUGAGAGGUAUGAGGAGCGGCAUCAUGAGCCUCGUCUGACCCUGCGACCCCCCAGCAUGGCAGCACCCUACAACCCUGUACAGAACUGGCACCACCAGCCCGAGAAGCUCAUCUUUGAAUCCUGUGGAUAUGAAGCCAAUUACCUGGGAUCUAUGCUCAUCAAGGAGCUACGGGGGACGGAGUCCACCCAGGAUGCCUGUGCCAAAAUGAGGAGGUCAACAGAGCAGAUGAAGAAGGUCCCCACUAUCGUCCUCUCCAUCACCUAUAAAGGGGUGAAGUUCAUUGAUGCGGACAAUAAGAACAUCAUUGCAGAACAUGAAAUCCGGAACAUCUCGUGCGCGGCCCAGGACCCAGAGGAUCUGUGCACGUUUGCCUACAUCACCAAGGACCUGCAGACCAACCACCACUACUGCCAUGUGUUCAGCACAGUGGACGUGAACCUGACCUAUGAAAUCAUCCUGACGCUGGGACAGGCAUUUGAGGUGGCCUAUCAGUUAGCUCUCCAGGCCCAGAGGACCAAACAGCACCAGGGCAUCCCAGCAGAACCCGGGGCAGAGGUCAUCGAGACCAAAUCCAGCCGGCCCGUUCCCAAACCACGGGGUGGCGUAAGGAAAUCAGGGGUGGACCCGUUGGAGCUGGAAGUGGACUCCCAGUCCCAGGGCAGCACCACGUGGCUGGUGGACCCUGUCCCCAAAGACUCCAAGAGGACCAUCAGCACUAAGUACGAGACCACCAUAUUCUGAGUGGACCCGACACAUCUCCCGCCCUCUGCCCUUUGACCCUGGGCUUGACCUUCUGACUUACUGUACCUUUCCUAUUCCUCCUCCUCCAUCUGUGUGCCUUUCACUGUGACUCUGCCUCUUUCUCAGGAGGGCCAGAACCCUCCUGCCCUCCUCUGUCUCCACCUCUCCUCUGUCUGCUGAAAGACUCAACUUCUCUCCUCCCCCUGUCUGUUAUUCAGUCUACCAUUAUGAGACCUGCCUCUUCUGUCCUUGCCUCGCCACUGCCUCUUCCCCUGACCACAAAUCUGUUAGUGGGGUCUAACUGAACAACCUCCUGGACUAACACCCUGAUCACUGCUCCUUUUCACUGUGUUAAACUGCUGACUCCUCUGGGCCCUGAAUCAUUGCUCUGUGAUCAUCGUACAGUAUGUGGGGCGGCAGAGUAGCCUAGUGGUUAGAGCAUUGGACUAGUAACCGGAAGGUUGCAAGUUCGGACCCCGGAGCUGACAAAUCUGUCGUUCUGCCCUUGAACAGGCAGUUAGCCCACUGUUCCUAGGCCGUCAUUGAAAAUAAGAAUUUGUUCUUAACUGACUUGCCUAGUUAAAUAAAGGUAAAGUUAAAAUUAAAUAUUCCUAGGCAUUUGGUUCCCCUUGCCUCUGUGAAGCAUGAUACUCUACCUUGUCCUUCCACUUCCCUCACAUUGACACUGUUAGUUCUGCUUAAACUGUUCUACUGUAUGGUGCUGUUAUUCAGUACCCCAAGCUAUGAAGUGUGAAGGACAGCUAAUGUAAUCCACAAAUCCAGUCACUGAUUAAGUUUGUUCAGUGGCUACCAUCUCCAUUCUACCUCCCCACUCCUCACCAUUCCUCUUUCCCUCCCCCAAAUUCUCUUAGGACAAUCCUUAAUUUUUUUAUCCAUCUAUCCCUCCUUCCUUUUUUCCUUUCUCCUCUGGGUGCUUUUACUGCUCUACCAGGCGACGGCCACUGUGAGGCGCUCUUGAAGAACUUUCCCCUUCCUUGUUUCCUGAACUUUAAACUCCUGACUCCAGUGCUCAGAAACAAAUAUCCGAUUCUCUACAGCGAAGGAUCACGUACCUGGAUGAACAUUGUUUCCAGAAGAUUCAUCUGUUUCUCUGCAAGGGGAUGGAAGACAACUCUGGACUAAACCCUAACCCCCCCCCCUAGAAUUGGCCCAUUUAGGUUAACAGAGGGAAGGGCAUAUUGAUGCGUAUCCUGUCUGAUUUAUUAUUGCUCUUUGUGUCGGUUUCCCAUAGUUAAUCUGAGUCUGGGAAACUGUCACUCUUGUGUCAUGCUGCCAAAGUAGGCUAGGGUCCAGCACUGUGAUAGGAGAUCUCUACUGGUAGCUAUUGGAGUUAACAUUGAUGGGGGAUAGAUAGGACACAGAGGUUCAAACAUAUCAUGGUGUCCUACAUAGAUGUCCUCACUGUUAUAGACAGCAGUGUGGGAAAUCAAUCUGAGCAUGCCUUGCUCUUUGACUGAGAAUUUGAUAUCUAGUGCAAUCCUUAUUUGGAGUGUCUUGAAAACUUGGUGAAUGCUUGGAUGCUGGGGAAAUAUGUGCAUCAAAGAUGAUAUGAGGAGAACUUAAAUGGACUGUUUAUUCAAUAGAGUAUGAGCCAAAAUGCAUGAAUUCUGCUCUAGCCACCAGUAAUAGACUUGGGUGACGGUUUCAGUCUAAUUACCCAGCCUAGCCGGUAGAUCCGUCAAUAUAGGGCUGAUCGGUUAUAUUAACCUUAAUGAGGAGGAGAGCUCAUCAAAUCUCUCACUGGAGAGGAGUGGUUAGGUGAAAUGCGUCAAAAGAAUAAACUGCUGUACCAUCCAUCUUUCCUAAUCCAAGCAUGUCUUAAUGGACUGAAAGAUGAAGGCAUAACCUUGUCAAGGCACAUAUUCUGUUUAGAUGGUAUCUAGUCCAUCCACUGUGGUUAAACAGAGGCUGAUGUAUACAGAUUAAAGGUACAGCAUUACAUAAUGUUGCUAUACUUUAGGCAUGGUGCAUUCAGUGUUCUCAUUUGAAAUCGUAUCACUCUUUGCAUCGAUCUAUAUUUCUAACUCAUCGCCAUAUUCCAAAUAGUGCCAAGAUGCAAUCAACCCAAUGUCCGUUGAAAGUAAACCGUGAAAUAGGAGACUUUCCUUUUUUCCCUUUAAUUUUCCUUCUUUUUCUUCACUACUCAUACAGUUUCUCAUUUAUGUUCAUCAUGUUGUCAUUGAUGACUGUCUGUUUGUUUUACUAUUCACCCUGCCUCAAUCGAUAUUCAGUGCUAACAUGGAAGCGGAAUUGAAUCAUUAUCUAGAAAAAUCUGUUAUCUUGAUAUCUACGCCAUUUUGUUUUCAGUUGGCUCAGUUAUGUUUUUACAUUAUUUUAACCCCAGUGCUGUGUUGGUGUGUGUCUCCCUUCC